AUGGCAGCAUUUCCUGCCAUGCACAACUUCUACAGAUCGUCAGCGCUGACGGUCGACACCCACUCGCAAAACUAUUUUGAGGAAGACGAAGGCAGUAUUCUAGAUGAGAACAUCCUCGAUCACAGCGCGCUGGACUCAGGAUUAGAAAUGUCCCCGCACAUGAACGGCAGCCGGCGAGAUUCGUUUGCAGUCUCCUCAGCAUUGUUCUCACCAAAGACCGAUGACUGGCAGCAAGUCGACAUGCAGCAACAGCAGCAACCUAUGGCUUCCAACAAUCCGUUUGUUGAGCAAAACAACCACCACAACAACAACAAUCCUUUCAUGCGUAUUGAUUCACAGCAGUCGUCGUAUGGCGGGCACCAGGGCCAAGGGUGGCCGGUGAGCAACGGUUCGGGCAUGAGCACGCCUAUGCAAGGAGGACAUGAUGGACUACCUUCGGAAUUUGAGGUCAACGCUCCCAUAUUUCACAGACCUAUGCAGACUCCAUUCAGCAAUCCUGGCAACCAACAACUACCACUAUUCUCCUCAGCAAAUAACACCAAUGGUUCCAUCCCCGCCUCACCCCAGAAGGAAUGGUCCGUAGCAGAUGCUAUGGAUCACCGUGCUAUGCCUAAACGUAUGCGGCCUCAUAGCCCAGCCCUAAGGUCGCAUCCAGAGAUGACAAGGAGGGGAGACGGUAUCCGGAAGAAGAAUGCUCGUUUUGAUAUCCCCGCGGAGAGGAAUCUCACCAACAUCGACCAUCUCAUUGGACAGUCCACCGAUGAGCAAGAGAUCAAGGAGCUGAAGCAACAAAAGCGACUGUUAAGAAACAGACAAGCAGCACUUGAUUCUCGACAAAGGAAAAAACAGCACACUGAACGGCUUGAGGAUGAGAAGAAGCAUUACACUGCUUUGAUUAAUGACCUCGAGGAGGAUCUAGCCGAAGCAAAGUUGGCUUUGGAUGACUGGGCCCGCAAAGAGCAGCAAUACCAACAAUACAUCGAGAACAUGCAACUUGAGAAAGAGGAAAUGGUUCGAAAUCAUACAAUCGAUACUGGCGAGCUUCGUAAGAAGGUCAGCGUCCUCACUGACCAUGUCCAACGUCUUGAGAGUACUGCCAUGUCUGCCGUCCCUAGCUCUAAUGGUUUCUCUGCCGACUACGCCGAUAUCGACAGCCUCACUAUGGAUAGCGCCUGGGACAACAUUUCUUUCCUCAACGACUACUCUAUCGAACAUGAAGUCAAGGUUGAAAACUCCCAAGCUCUGGUUCCCGUCAAGAAGGUCGAAAACUCUCUGCUCAGCGAGCCCGAGAAACCGGCUGCCCAAGGUCUCCUCUUAAUGUUGCUUCUCGUUGGUGCUUUUGUUGCUUCGAAAGGAUCGUCUCCAAGUGUUCCCCAGGUGUCGGAUGAUGUUCGGGUUGCUUCAGCUACUCUGCUUGAGGAUAUAUUCAAUGAUGCCGGUGUUCCGCACGCUGCCUCCAGUGUAGCUGAAGCUGCCGCUCCUCUUCCCUCCGUCAACACUUGGUCAUCGAAUCCAAUACCUUCCAUGGGAAGUAACGAAAUGCUCGGUGUAACCCAAUCAGCUCUUGGAGACCUCAGCGACACUCUUGCCCAGCCUACCGAAGAACAGAACAACGAACAACUUUUCUCUAUGUCAGCAGCACAGUAUAACGGCCUCACUUCUCAGGACUUCCUACAGAACGCUCCGCAACGAUCGACAUCUCAAGGACGACGCAAUCUCGGUGAAACGUUGGCUGCGAUGAGGAGCAAUAGCAAGAAAUCGGCAGCCGAAGUCUACACGCGGUCAUUACUCUGGGAUCAAGUACCGAGUGAAGUAGUCCGCAAUUUCGCAAAGCUCGUCUCAGAGUGCAAUACUCGGAGUGGGGACGAGGACUGUAGCACAGCCGGUGGCUAA